CCUGACUACUCGAACUUGCCAUGCUAAACGAUGCUAGAUGGCGAGUGGCUAUAAUGCUGAAUAAUUCUACUGACUCUCUAUUAUUAUCAUCGGACCGAGCUAUGCAGCAUAUGCGCACGAAGUCGAGCACAUGGUUUCUAGGGGCAGUAUUAUGGUAGAGUCCAGAGAGUCUGCCUCAUUGCCGAAAGAUGAAGCACGCCCAAGUAAAGUGAAACAUCGUUACUCGCGUACGCGAAGCGGCUGCCAACGCUGUCGUGCUCAACGUCGCAAAUGCGACGAAAGAAAGCCCCGGUGUGAUCGCUGUCUCAACGCCAAUGUCGCAUGCACCUAUGCCACGCAUCUAUCAUUCAAACCCAAGAACUCUAGGAUAUUAUCAAAUGCAUUCGGAUCAACGCUGAACGGGACCUCAGAACAUGUGAAUACGUAUCCUGCUAUAGAGUUCAUCACUUUUGAUCAUGGCACGAGUGGCACAAAAGCUACCGAUCAUUCGCCCAGCUCAUCUUGCGGUGAACGCCUCGUCAACCACGAUCCACCAGUCAGUACAUUUCAGGACCAUGCUAGUCUAGAAUCAGCUGAGGGCUGGCCACUCGUGGGGCGGAGUCCGCUUUCAAGUGCCGAGGCUGAGUUGUUGAAGUAUUAUAAUCAUCAUAUUGCUCCCUGGCUAGACGUCUACGAUGAAGGACGCACGUUUGGUCGCCAUGUCACCAGACUAGCAAUGACUUCCCCUUGUGUCCUCGAGCUGCUGUUACAAGUCUCGGCAGUAUUUUCCAAUCGUCCAAUAGAAACUGUUACACGUCGCGGUGCCGGCCUUUUUCACUUCCAGGCCAUGUCAAACCCAUCAGAUCUUGAAUCUCCAUCUGCUGCCCUCCAGUCGAUCUCUUGUUUUGUCUUGGCGAGGACCCUUCUCUUUGUUGAUAAGGUACCUGAUUCGUGGGAACCAAGUUUUGAAGGGAGCGGGGCGUUUCGUUACUUUCGCAGAUUCGACUUCAGCAACACGAUUCAGCAGCAAAUAUGGUUCGCCUUUCUGACGUUGAUCUUAAGACUAGAGAUCGCUUAUUGUCUUGUGUAUCAGCGAGCUCCGGUCUGGAUCCCUGAACUUGCUCAACAAAUCGAAGCAAGAUUGGAUGCGAAACCUAUAGGCGAGGAAAAAGACCAUCAGGUUCUCCAUGCCUCUCUCAGAUGUCUAGUGUUGCUUGUUCAUGUGAUGCAGCUUUGUAUCACGCCUCCAGAAGCGGAACAACACAUUACGGCAUCGAGCAUGAAUACCUCUACUCGCGUCCAGAAAUGGAAAGACAUUUCAAAGGGGUUAAGUGAAUGGUAUCAUAAUCGUCCUCCGAAUUUUGAACCAUUAGUGGAUGUUGCGAGUUCGGGAGAUGCCUUUCCUACAGUAAUAUUCACAGAUGGAGCUAGCAUAGCUUCGAACACAUUAUAUCACACAGCUAUGUUGCUACUUCUCACCAGCAAGUCUAAUCUAUCGGCCUUCGAAAAAAAUAAUAAAGAAGAUAACACAGACGUGACGCAGAGUUCUCCCGAAUGGCACGCCCAUCGAAUAUGCGGCAUUGCCAUAAGCAGUGAACCCGAAUAUGCCCGAUCUUGGGGCCCUGAAACCAUAGCGGCAUUCUCACUCGCCGCACAGCAUGCGAAACACAGCUCUCAACAAAACGACAUUCUUAAAUGUUUCGGUCAAUUGAAAGCUGGAGGAUGGCAUAUUGAUGGUCUGGCUGAUAAAGUAAGAAGCCAGUGGAAAUCCGUUGGUCGAUAUGCCAGCGACUGAUUUUGCUAACGAUGCCCGGUCAAUCGAUUCGGCCAACUAAAAGUCUGGCUCUUCAAUACCCAAUUGAUGCUAUUACGGCUAUAUCGGAAUCACAUAUCUUUAAGCUUGAAUAGGACUCAAGCACGAUGUCGCUCCUAACUCCCGAUGAAAUACGCGGCCAGUUUGAGAGCGAUGACACCCGUCUAAUUGGUGAGGGGACACGCUUCAAGGUUGUCAAGGAUGGACAGGACUCAAGUGCAGCGAUGAAUCCGCCCAGUGUACUUCUACGCCUCAGAGACGUGGACUCAAGGGCAUUAGAUAAUAGAGACAGAAUGGAGAAUGAGAUACGAAAUAGGAUCACAAA